GUGGUACGGUACAUCCCGGUAUGGCCAUCGAUCACGAUGCAGUACUACACAUCAAAGAUCUUAUCAAUCAGAUUGUCAAUGAGGAUAAUCUCGGACGAGAAAAGGAUAAGAAGGAUCGAGAAAAAGACAAGGAAAUUGACAAGAUGUCCCACUACUUGAUUGCUAUCUGUGAAGGAAUUUCUGAGGACAUCAUGAAAUGGACAGGAAAUUAUGUGAAAAAUAUCAAAAACUCAGAUCUGAAGAUAAACUUAGCGAAUCUGAAGAUUGCACUUAGCGCGGAUAAGGCGCUCAUGCAGUUGUCAAAUUCGCUGAGAAAUGAUGACGACGAUCAGUCGCCCGGAGGGUUCUUGUCAAAUUUCUAUGAGUUCGAUUUGGAUGAGUCCGAUGAAGAAGUAGAGCAGAAUACUACCUAUGAGUCGGUGAGAAGAUUCUUUUACUGCUUAGUCUGUAUUCUUGGUCUUUAUUUUAUUCGGCAUCGCCUGUCGAAGUCUUUUUGGUUUGCAUAUUUUGUGAAUUAAAG